GAACAGUUCUGUGUCCGUGUUCUCUUCGGCUAUGUGCAACGGGUUUUAGAAAAUUUUCUUCCUGCCGGGAGUUUUUCCCACCAUGAACAAUAAAAACGAGAACAAAUGGAGGCCUAUGGCCAUAUCGAACCCCUCUACUCGUCUCAGGCUAGCAAGGAACAUGCCGCAGUGGGUGAACAAAUCUGGAAUAAGUGGCAUUCCCCCUCCACCCGUACCAAAGGAAGAGAAAAAUAAACAGUCUAAUCACAAAAACAUCGGUUCUCAUCAGGAGCCUGACUAUGAAGUAAUUGAAUUUGGACAGUAUACAAACGCCCCUCCUUUACCAACAAAAAAUGGAAGUGCACUGCGAGAUGGAAAACAUUGUCAACUAUGUGGAUCUUCAGCGCCUUCCGUACAUUGUGAAGAGUGCAACCAAAUUUUUUGCCUAUCCUGCGACGAUAUGUACCAUAGACAUCCCAAGAGGCAAACUCAUAUUCGAAGAAGAAUGGAGCAAACAAUCCGUCCACCACUGCCACCCAAGGGAGAGCCCCCUUCAGCCCCUGUGCCACCCCCUCGAAGACACCGCCGUUCGGGAUCCACCGGACCGUCCCCAUGCCCCAGUCCCACUCCAAGUAGACACAAUCAGGUAAUGUCGUCGACUUUGCCUAGAAGAGACAACGCAGGGUUUAGCUUAAGAGACAAGAUGUCUAGUUUGAAGAAGGGGCUGAUGGGCAACCGUCCGUUACCGCCAACACCAGGAUCCCCCCCUCACGGGUCAUCUCGUGAUUUCUCGAGAAGUUCCUCGUUUUCCGACGAUUUCAACAGACAGCUGCUGGUUCCCAGCCCUAGCCCGUCGCUCCAGCAACGUUACAGACAACAUCAGUUAGCCAUGCGAGGCACUACGCCUAACCUACCGUCUACUGUUUCCGACUUUGACCAGUCUUUAAGCAGAGAUAGCGGCUAUCCAGACUGGGAACAGGAACAGUGGAAUUCCAGAUUUCGAUCGGGGAGUAUUUCCGGAUCAGAUGCUGGCAGACAAAGGAAACUUAGUAAUACUUCCUGUCCACCUCCAGGAAGGGGGCUUCCCCAUAGCACCUCUGUUUUCGACUUGAACAAUCCCAUGGCUCACCACCACCAUCACAACCUUGUUCCCAUGCAGCAGGCUCAUUCCAUGGCUCAGUUGAACUAUCUUCCUCCUUGUUGCCAAGGAGCUUGGAUGAAUCAAUGUGGUUGUGAAGAUCAACGCGGCAGUAACCUAAGUCUAAACGUUGGCCCGGGUGGUUACCCGAUGAACCCUAUGUGGAUGGGCACCUGGCACGGCCCUCCUCCAUCUGCCAUGUACCCAUACCCGGUACCUAUGGGCCACAUGCACCACGACGCUCGUUCUUGCACACAUUCAAGACCCGCGUCACCAACUCACAGCGUCAAAUCUCGAAAAUCAACCCUUAGCAGGAGGAGCCGGAAGAAAUACAGAGAAGUUGAAGAUACCGACGACGAAGACGACAUAGAUGACAGAAGGUCCACACUCAGUCACAACGACAGAGGUGAAAGGAAGUCCUUGGGGAGCAGAUUUAUAGUAAGAGAGAGACCUUUGCGAGACGCCUCUUCUAUGCCAAGGGAAGUAAUGAGGCGUAACACGAUCGACCGCAUCGAACGAGGUUCGAUUGCUAGAAGUCGUCACAGCAUCCAAGCGUCCUCAAGUGAAACGGACGACGAACACUCCGACAGUCAGAAGGAAAGCGACGUGAUCAAGGAAGAGGGCGAAUCGGAUUACGACAACAACGUUUCCGCGAAGGAAAUCCCUUCUGAAGUACCGAACGCUUCUUGGGAGUGCGAGCAUUGCACUUUUGUCAAUGAAGCCGGCACGAGAGUGUGUUUAGUUUGCUGCAAAACCCCCACUUCUUCCGACGUGAAGAUAGUCAAAGCGGCGGACGAGAUGAAGACACUGCCUAAGAAAAACCACGCUUUGUCUCCGAAGAACCUCCCGGUCUCCAAAUCAAAAUCGAGAGACAAAAUACUGAGGAGCGGCAGCGACGAGUACAGCAAGGAUUACAGCGAGACUGAAUCCGUGCUGAAUAAAAUGGGGAAGUUAAAAAUACCGGAGGCUAAGCCCGCCGAGAGCAAACCCUCCGCCCCCAUCGACGCCAAGAAAGGAAAAGCAGACUCUUUGCCCCGCCGCCAUGAGAGCGAGACGGAAGAUAGACAAAACGAUAUCGUAGAGUCGGAAUCCACGAAUUUGUCCCUGGAAAAUGUGUUGGAAAGUGCGGUAGUGUCGACCGGUGGUGGUGCCAGUGAAGUGCGACAGAACGUAAAAGUGUCGUCGGGAUGUGGUCCCUCGCCGCCUAGGGAGAUGAAAAGUGAGGAAAUCAGUGAGUCGGUUGUUCAUGAGUACGGUGAAUUCGGUAAAAAUGGUGACGGUAAACACAGCUCGGACAAGAGGAUGGUUACUACGUCAACUGGGACUUCUCCGCCGCCACAAAGUAUUUCUACGCAAACGUAUGAGGAUGUUCUGCCACUAGAAAAGGCUCCCAAAAGUCCAAGAACUCCGAGAUCCUCAAGCCGCAACAGUCGUCAAAAAUUAAAACGUUCCCAAUCCCUGCGUACACCGUCUUCCCCGAGGAGAGGCUCGGAAUGGUCUUUACAACGCUCUUCCAGCAGACAAUCGUUUACGAGUGAUUCACAGAGCUUGCCGGGAAGCAGAGAACACAGUCCGGUACCGUACGAAUAUGAAGACGAUCUGUACUAUGACAGAAACUACGGUAGAGAACGGAAGCCACCGGUAAACUCCACUCGGUUGUCGCACAGCACCGUGGAUCUCAGAAAGCCGGACUUGUACCGAAGACCAAGCCACGAUCUCGGAUAUUACAGGAUGGACCAUAUCGAGCAUCCAAGUCACCGCAGCAGAGCAGACUCAUUCCACGCCGACAGGGAGUAUCUGGCCCCUAUGGACAACGGUUUUCAGAGACACGACACCUUCAAGGCUUCCGGUAUGGAACUCGUAAAGCUGUUAAGGGAAGCCGAGCAAUACAAGUAUUCAGCAGACGAAGUGCAGGCAGCAAUUCUGCACUGCAAAGAAAUGAACCCGAUCGAUUGGCUCCGUGAAAAUUGGGACGCAACUAUAGCGAGCGUUCAAACACUAGCGACGCAAAUGGGUCGCGAAGGUCCCAUGAAUAUCGUGGGGACCGUCUCUGAAAGAGAAGCCAGAGAAUCCCUGCGGCAGCACAAGGGCAACCUGUGGCCUGCCGUGGAGGAGUGCGUCGAACAACGACAAAGAAAGUAUGCGGAGCUGGCCGCUCGUGGCGAUUUUAACCGGGAAGACAUCGUUACGGUUUUGACUGCGAAUCACGGUGACUUGGAAGCUGCGUACAACGAACUGAGUAAAACUCAGUUGAAACCUUUCUUAAUGAGGAUUUGGGGACCGCCGGUGGGUACUGAAAACGAGGCAGGUAAUGAGGGGGCCGCCGAAGAACGCUUUAGGGGUGAAGAAGUAGUUAACGAUGUUAAGAUAGUUAAAGAGGAAGAGAAAGCGGUAAGUAACAGCGCCCCUAUCGAUAGCGAAUCCCCUCAAGUAAGUACCACUUUCGAUACCACUAAUGGUGAUCGCGAGGAUUUAAAAAAACGACAAAAUUUUAAAACAGAAUCACAACAAAUCGUAGAAGAUAACAGUAGAGUAGAAUCGCUUAAUUUGAUAGAAAAAGAAAUAUUAAAGAACUUGGAGGAUAUUAACAAUUUUAGUGAGAACCUUGCCGUUACUAAUAUUACCGAUAGUCAGAACGAAGACAAAAUAGUAGUUAAAAACGAUAACAACAAAGUCGAAGUCGUGAAAAUGACGGAAAACAAAGUAUACGUGGAGAAAAGCAGCACAGUCAUUCAAGUCGUGGAUAACACUUACCUAAUCCCAUUCAUAGCAAGCGAUAAUCGCACACCGUCGAUGUCUGAAAGCGAGAGUAGCGACGAGUUACAAAACGUCGAAUUCGUAGAUGCCGUCGAGGAUCCAAUCUAUUCACCCCCAGCUGUAGAGAAGAACGAUUUACCCCAACCCAGUCCGUUGAAGAGGAAAACCAGUGUCAGUACUUUGAAUAUAACACUUGCGGGAGCUCACACUACUAACGACAACACCACUGCACCUAAAAGAGCCAGCAGUGAAGCGAGAGUAGUGCCCUUUGUGGAAAGUACAGCAAAAGAUGAGGUUGUAAUUGAAAGUACGGCUGCUAUAGUAUUGCAACCUCUCAAAAAAGAAACUAAAGCAACGCAAGUCGAGAAAAGUGGUCUCGUGAUCACCGAAGAAUCAUCAAAUUUUCAAAAUACUGAUGUUACUUGUGAGAAACAUGAAAAUAAUGUUCAUCUAGAAUACGAGAGUGGCGAAAAUGGAAGUGGUGUAAUACACAUCGAAAGUAGUUCAAAUGUACCGGAAAUAGAAGAAGAGAAUAUCAGUAUCCAAGAAAUAGAACCAGCUGAGGAAAAUCAGGAUUUAUCAAUACGAGUGCAAGAACAUGAAAAUGUUAAUGAUGAUUCUACAGAACAAAUAAUAAAGGUGGCAAAAAACGAAAUAAACCCCGAGAAUCAGCAAAUUUUAGAAUCAGCAGUGAAAGAUACACAGACAAAUAGCGAAGAGCAAACCGAUCAAAGCGUCAAUGACGAAGUGAUGCAAUUAGAGAUCACAGAGGUCGAAGUAAAAAAUGAAGAAAAAAUCGAUCAAAAUAUUGUCGAUGAUAGGAAUAAUUAUGAAACAAUAGUUAUUGAAGAAAACACAGAUCAAAUAGAAACUGAAAAAUUCGAUGACUGCAGAGAAUCAGUAACACAAUUAGUUGAGGAAAUUGGUUUAAACACUGACCGUACAAACACUAACGAUAAUUCGACAUCGAAAGAAGAUGGAGGUACAAACAAUGAGAUGCUAACCUCUAUCGAAUCGCCAUCUAUGUCUGGCCCACAACCUUUACGAGAACGGAAUGAGGCGAAAUCCACGGAAUCGAACAUAAAUUUAUCAGAUUCCUCUACAAAAAUCGAAAGUACAGUUUCAAAGUCCCAACGAAUUGAAAACAAAGAAAACAGCGAUACCUCAAAUUCAAUGUCCCGCAAACAAAAGAAGAGUUUGCGAAAGAGCAGGAAACGUGCCGAGAAACGAGCUUUACUUAGAGAAUCGAGCACGACAGGUUCUAGUAGUGAAGUACCUGAAAACACAGACACUGAAAACAAAAAGUCGAUAUUAGAAUCGACCGGCCUAGUAGUACAACAAGAAAAUAAGGAACCUGUUCAAGCUAAAAGUCCCAUAGGUCCAACAAAAAUCCAGAGAAAACGUCAUGUUAAGAAAAGUGACAGCCAGAAGUACUCAAAGUAUAGAAAUAAACUCAGUGAGGGAACCACAAAAACUGAAUUGAAGACAACUACAGAAGAAACAAAUGUAGACUCGCAAAUAAAGGAAGAACAUUCUGAACCUCCAAAGAAAUUACAGCAACCCGACAAAGUAGACGAUAAAACGGUUACUAGUUCAUCAUCACCAGAAUCUCCACCUGUCGUUGAAGGUGCCAAAGACCCACCGAAAGUCUCCACGACGAUACAAAUAGCACAAAACAAGCAAACGACAAUUCCAGUCGCCAAACGGCCAUCUAAAAUACCUUUGCCCCAGCAGCGAUCAUCGUUCAAAAGCGAACCAAAGUCACCUGACACAUAUUCGUCUACUAGCAAAAUACCCGUGAAAACUUCGAGUCUGCCGAGAAACAAGUCUAAACCAGAGGUAGUUAAAACUCCGAGGAAAGACCAAGAGAAGGAAGUUCUGGAUCAACCGAAGGAAGUUCUGGACCAAUCGAAGGAAGUUGUAGACCAACCAAAGCAAACAGAAGCGGAAUUGUCACAGGAGAUCUCUGAACCUCAAAAAAGUGUAGAAACCGAACGAGCCCCUUCUGCAAGCCCAAUACUAAAACCCAGUAAAUCUGGCGAAAUAGACAACGAAACAAGCAGUGUUGUACAAAUCGUUAAAACUUUAACUUCACAUCUGACUCAAACCAAGAAAAUUCAGCUGUCUUCCACCGCUAAGAGCUCCUUCGAUUCUACUACAAGCUCCAAACAGUUGUCCUACACCAAAUCGCUUGACAAUGACAGUGACUCGUCUGUUUCGGAGAGCAAUGUUGAAGAAUUGCUCGAUCCCAGUACAGAUGAGGAUAGUUACGAUGAAUUCGAAGAGGAAUACCAAGAAGUGAUCGAAUCCGCUUCGGAAGACUACGAAGAAUUCGACAAACGGAACGUGGAGAUGAGCAGGGAUUUAAACAUAAACUUAUCGCAGAUCAGCGCUAGGGUCAACAAGUUAACGACCAGCCUGAAGGAGAGCAAUAAGUAUAGCAUAGAAGAAACUUGUGAGUCGGAAGAAUAUCUGUCCGAUCCUGAGGACGAGGAAGGCGAAGAGGCACUAAUCGAGGACGAGUUCGAGGAAAAUGAGAUGGAAAUUUUAAGUACCGAUUUGAAAAUCGAACUAAAAGAACCCACCGAGAUAGAAAUAAUGGAGAGACAAGCAAGAAGGUUUCUAGCAGAAGGACAAGUCACCAACUACCAGCAGGCAGAAUUAGCAGUUAGCUUGAUGGCUCUGAAGUUUUCCUCUGAGCAGGCCCUCGAGGCGGUCAAGGAUUGUCAUUCCCUAGACGCUGCUAUUGCGUUUUUGCAGCAAGACUGCGAAUUGUGCGCCGGGAAGUACGCCAUGAACCAGAUCAUUUCCAUGCUGAAGUGCACCCACCGAUGCUGCCAGGAGUGCGCGAAGAACUACUUCACCGUUCAGAUCACCGAUCGAAGCAUAAUGGACUGCACUUGCCCCUUCUGCAAACAGCCGGAACUGACGAGCAGCAACCUGAACGAAGACGACAUCUCGGAUUACUUCGGCAACCUGGAUAUCCUGCUCAAAGGUAUCCUAGACGAAACCGUCCACGAGCUAUUCCAGAGGAAGUUGAGGGAUCGGACUUUGAUGCAGGACCCGCAUUUUAAGUGGUGUGUACAAUGUUCCUCGGGGUUCAUCGCACAUCCCAGACAGAAAAGACUGAUUUGUCCCGACUGUAAGUCGGUUACGUGUGCUAGCUGUCGGAGACCGUGGGAAAAACAGCACGAGGGCAUAACUUGCGAGCAGUUCGCAGCCUGGAAAGACGCCAACGACCCGGAGAACCAGGCGACGGCAGUCGCAAAGCACCUCGCCGAGAACGGCUUGGAUUGUCCGAAGUGCAAGUUCCGAUAUUCCCUGGCAAAAGGCGGUUGCAUGCAUUUCACUUGCACGCAGUGCAAACACGAGUUCUGUUACGGCUGCGGCAAGCCGUUCAUGAUGGGGGCCAAGUGCGGGAUAAGUCAGUAUUGUGCCAAACUGGGGCUGCACGCGCACCAUCCCAGGAACUGUUUGUUUUAUUUGAGGGACAAGGAGCCGCAGGAGCUGCAGAAAUUGUUGGAGGACCAUAAAAUUCCAUUCGAUACCGAGACGGUGGGGGAUAAAGAAGAAAACGCUUCGGCUGUGGUUAAGUGUUUGAUACCUUUGCAAAGGGAAACGCCUAACGGCCUCAUUGAUACGGUAUGCAGCAAUGAGGUCAAUCCCGGACAAGCUGGACUCUGCAGGCUGCACUACAUCGAGUAUUUAGUUGGGCUCAUUGGCAGACACAGGCUGGACCCGAUUUCUAUCCUGGACCUGGUUGAGGUGAGUCAGGAGUUGAGGAGGCGCGGCAGAGAGUUACCGGAACGGUCCGCCUCGUGUACGGACCAAGAGUACAGAAAUAUUUGCGCAAAGAUCGUUAUAGAGCAGAUACCUCUCGAGUGAAGGAAUAUCCAAAGUAUCAAUUUUCCAUUGACGAAUUUGUGUGAUUGUCAUAUUUAUG